AUGGAUCAACAGCUCGAUGUCUCCAAGCUCAGCGAUGCCGACAAGAAAGAAUUGAACCAGAUUUUAACGAACGAGGCUCAGAAGUCAAACAUCCAGCAAACCGUGCAUCACCUCGCCGACGUUUGCUGGAAGAAAUGUAUCACUGGGAAGAUUUCGUCCGGUCGCUUGGAUCAAUCUGAAGAGGCUUGUGCCCAAAACUGCGUGGAGCGUUGGAUGGAUACCAAUCUUGCUGUUUUAAAACAUUUGGAGGCUCUUCGCUCACAAUAA